UGCAGCUGGAGUUCACCCAGCCGAGCUCGGGGUCCCGCGCGCCUCAGUCCCCGCCCCGCUCCGCCCCGCAGGGGAUUCUGGGAGGCAACGUCGCUGGUCUCGGGUCGUUGGGCGUGUUUCCAGAGCCAGCGGCGCCGGGAGAGUGAAGAAAUGUUGGCUCUGAGAAGACAAGGAACUUGUUUCAGGCUGUGCAGUUUCUUGUUGGUUUGGUAUUGAAAUUUGUCAGUGUUUGCCUCAGGCUGAAUUUCUGUGGAGUAAUAAAGGACUUUGUUCUCCAAAAGAGAAAACUGAAGAAGGAAGGAAGAAUGGCUGUUGGACUAUGUAAAGCCAUGUCCCAGGGUUUGGUGACCUUCAGGGAUGUGGCUCUAAAUUUUUCCCAAGAGGAGUGGGAAUGGCUGGACUCAUCUCAGAAGGAUUUGUACAGAGAUGUCAUGUUGGAGAACUACAGGAACUUGGACUUUCCAUUUCUAAGCCCAACAUGAUCUCCUUAUUGGAGCAAGGGAAGGAUCCUUGCAUGGUGGAGAGAGAGAUGUCAGAUGGUCAAUAUGCAGAAGGGGACUCUUUGUAUGAAAUCAAGGCAUUAUCUCCAAAAUGGUACAUUGAUGAAGAGGAAAUAUCCCAGGGGAUGAUAAUGGAAAGACUUACAAGUUAUGGCCUUGAAUCCUCCAGUUUCAGAGAAGCCUGGAAAUAUGAGGGUGAAUUUGAGCAGCAUCAGGGAAAUCAGGAGAGGCAUUUCAGGCAAGUGACAACUCUUAAGGAAAUCUCUGCCAUGAAAAGAGACAAUGAAUAUAAUAAUUCUGAGAGAAAUGUUCUCUUGAACUCAGUACUUUUAACACAACAGAGAGUUCCCACAGUAGAGCAAGUACAUAAAUUUGAUAUUUAUGAUAAAAUGUUCCCCCCAAAUUCAGUUCUAACUGAACAUAAAAGACUACAUGCUGAGAAGGAAUCUUUGAUAGGUAAUGAAUGUGAAGAAUUCAACCAGAGUACAUACCUUAGUAAAGAUGCAGAAAUUCCUCCUGGGGAGAAGCGUUACAAAAGUAAUGAUUUUUCAGAUCUCUUAAGUUUCCACUCAUUACUUACUCAACAUCACACAACUCAUCUUGGAAAAUUAUCCCAUGGAUACGUUGAAUGUGGUGCUGCCUUUAGCUGUUACUCGUUCUUUACUCAACCUCAGAGAAUUCACAGUAGAGAGAAACCAUACGCAUGCAAUGACUGUGGAAAAGCCUUUAGCCAUGACUUCUUUCUCAGUGAGCAUCAGAGAGCUCAUACUGGGGAGAAACCAUAUGAAUGUAAGGAAUGUAACAAAGCUUUCAGACAGAGUGCUCACCUUGCUCAACAUCAGAGAAUCCACACUGGAGAGAAACCCUUUGCAUGCAAUGAGUGUGGGAAGGCCUUUAGCCGUUAUGCCUUCCUUGUGGAACAUCAGCGAAUUCACACAGGAGAGAAACCAUAUGAAUGUAAGGAAUGUAACAAAGCCUUCAGACAGAGUGCACACCUUAAUCAACAUCAGAGAAUUCACACUGGAGAGAAACCCUAUGAAUGUAAUCAAUGUGGAAAAGCCUUCAGCAGACGCAUAGCCCUUACUCUGCAUCAAAGAAUUCACACAGGAGAGAAACCCUUUAAAUGUAAUGAAUGUGGAAAGACCUUUGGCUAUCGCUCACACCUUAAUCAACAUCAGAGAAUUCACACCGGUGAAAAGCCCUAUGAGUGCAUCAAAUGUGGGAAGUUUUUUAGGACUGACUCACAACUUAAUCGACAUCAUAGAAUUCAUACUGGAGAGAGACCUUUUGAAUGCAGUAAAUGUGGGAAAGCCUUCAGUGAUGCUUUAGUUCUAAUUCAUCAUAAGAGAAGUCAUGCAGGAGAGAAACCCUAUGAAUGUAACAAAUGUGGGAAGGCCUUCAGUUGUGGCUCAUACCUUAAUCAACAUCAGAGAAUUCAUACUGGAGAGAAACCUUAUGAAUGUAAUGAAUGUGGGAAGGCUUUCCAUCAGAUCUUGUCCCUUAGGCUACACCAGAGAAUUCAUGCUGGAGAAAAACCCUAUAACUGUAAUGAAUGUGGGAACAAUUUUAGCUGUGCUUCAGCUCUUAGACGACAUCAGAAAAUUCAUAAUAGAGAAACUCUCUGAUUAUGUAUAACAAGUAUAAGAAAGAAAACAUUUAGUCACCAUUCAGUCCUUAUUAAAUAAAUAUCAGUGAGUUCUUCAGUUGGUAAUUCUAUGAAUGUAGUACCUAUGGAGAAGCCUUCAGUUCAUGAGCAUCCCUUAUUUGAAAUAGCCUGAGUAGUAGACAUCUAUUACUUUUGGAUCUGUUCUGUACCCCAUUUGAGACUUACCUCACCCUCAAUGCAUAUCAUUCUGAUGAAAUUGUUUAAUCAGGGAGAGCAGUAGAUUGCUCCUAGGCAGGCCAAUUAUUUUCUUCAAAUUCAUGAUAGAUAAGGGAUUUACAAAUGUCUCUGUCUAGACCAGUAGAGUCCUAGGGGGUUAUUGUUAUGGGUAGUAAGAAAAGAUUUUUUUUCCCCACCCCAGAAUUGCAAGUUUCAAGGAUUUAGUAAGGUUAAAAACUCACCAGUAGCCUUUUUGCCACCACAUGAAGAAAGCCUUCCCAGGAUAAAUCCAACACAAAGGAAAACUGAGGUCAGAGACAGAAAUCUGAGGAUGCUGUUUGAUCUUCUGGAUCCAGUCAUGUCUGAAGUCUACACCAUUUUUUACUUUUCAUUUUUGUGAUCCAAUAAAUUUUCUUUUUUCUGCUUAUGUUAAUUUGAUUUGGGUUUUUGCCUCUUGGAAUCGGAGUCCUGACUCAUACACCCCAUGUUUGCUACACAUGUGAGAAAGCCUUAAUCUUUUAUAUGGCAUAAUUGUUUAUCCUGAGUAUAAACCUCAUAAGUAUAUGAAAGUUAAAUACACAGCCUUCAUAAAG